UUUCUUUGUCUGCGUUGCAGCUACAUCUCCAGUAAGAAACAUUUUAGGAGGGAGUGGUCCAAAGAAAUGGAAGGGACUAACGCCCUAAGCAUUCAGUCAGAUGCGAAACCUGCGCCACAGAAUGUUCGCUACUCAUUAUCUGGGCUUCAUUUGACCUGGAUAGCUGCUGCUGUGGCUGUGCUCAUCAGCAUCCUGACUUGCUUGACGUGCGCAGCACCGGAGCCAGAAGUCGACCGGGAGUCUGUGCCAUUCCUCAGCGUGGAGUCGGACAGUGAGCUUGAAAAGGGUGCGGUGCCUUCAGGCCUCCUGGGCUUUGACCCCAGGCACUUCAAAGCUGAGAGGUACAAGCAAGCAGCCAGGGCGGCUAGG